AUGUCCGAAAGUAAAGAGACUGCCACAAUACCAUUCGAAGCCCUUCCGUUAGACCCUACUGGGCCUUGUGGGAAUGCGUGGGGACGAUUCGGACCAAACGAUGAAUUGGGAACAUUGAAUCUCCUCACGCCAGAGGUAGUUGUCGAUGCUGCAAAGGAAAUCAAGACGGGGAUACGAAUUUCCCUCGACUGGCCGCUGAGCAUGCCAUCAUUUCCGAGUUUUAAUCGCGAUCCGUUCAAACAGGAGCUAGUGCUUCGGAAUCCGAACUGCGUUUUUGACGAUAUAUUGACUUUCAAUUCCCAAGGGUCUUCGCAAUGGGAUGGCUUUAGACAUUAUGCUGUUGUCGAGCAUGGUGGCAUGACUGGCCGCGGUGUCCUUCUAGACUUCGCCGACUGGGCUAAAACAAAUUCUCUUUCUAUAUCAGCGCUCGAGUCACAGGCAAUUACUCUCGAGAGUAUAAAGCAAGUAGUGAAGGAUCACAAGCUGGAAUUUAGAAAAGGCGAUAUUUUGUUAAUUCGCAGCGGAUUUACUGCCGCCUACAAUGAAUUGGACGAACAGCAGCAAAGAGAUAUGCCAAACCGUCAAACCCCAGAUUUUAGUGGCGUUGAAGCCACAGAGGAUAUGCUUCGAUGGCUAUGGGAACGCCAAUUCGCAGCUGUUGGUGGUGAUGCUCCUAGCUUCGAGCGCGCUCCGAUUCGUGGUAGCCACGCCGACCCGAACUUUAACAUCCAUGAAUGGGUGCUAGCAGGUUGGGGAACACCAAUUGGUGAAAUGUUUGACCUGGAGAAGCUUUCUGCUCACUGUAAGGCGACGGGGAGAUAUAGUUUCUUCCUGUCUAGUAUGCCACUCAAGGUUCAAACACUGAUGCGCAGGUGGUUCUAUCAGGUAGUGGGUGGAGUCGCUAGCCCCCCGAAUGCAUUUGCCAUUUUUUAA